GGCACUGCUGGCCCUGACGAUUCAGCUGUUGUGCGUCAUUCACGGACUACAGAAGAGCAACUAGUCGGUGUGGCUGCAGCUGCUGCGGCUGCUAUGACUGCAACUCAUUUGCAAGGGCAACAGCAACACCGUCAACAAGGCAUCCAAGAUCAUCAAUCUCACAACAUUACUCCCAUUCAGCAGCACCAUCAACAUCAUUCUUUACAGCAGCAUUUGCAUCAGGCCCAAGCGCAACAGACGGUAACUUCGCCUUCUUCCGCUGCGUACAGUGCUACUCUUCUUGGACAACAUCAAUCACAACAACAUCGUGAAGUCCAGCAGACACAACAAACCACUGCUGCUUCCGCUCUUUCUCCAUCCAGUCUUUUUCAUCAACAGCACAGGUCACCAACGCAUACCCAGCAGCAGCAACCUCAGCCACAAUCACAAGUUACAGCUCUUCAAGCCCAUCACCAGCAGCAACAGCUUUCCGGUCAACAGGCUUUCGCCUCUGCUACGCAGUCACAUCUGCAGCAGCAAGCCCAGCUUCAGCCGGCUCAGCACCAGGCUAGCUUUGUCUAUGCUCAGCAAACGCAGCAGCAGCAACAGCAAUUCGCUCAGCAACAGCAGGCUCAACAACAGCUUGCCGUUCGCCAACAAUCACCCUCAGCACACCAGCGGCACGUGGAUGCCGUAUUUUUGCAACAACAACAACAGGCAGCACAACAGCAAGUCACUCAAAAUCAACAUCAGCAGCAGCUGCAGGCUGGCCAACAAAUUCAAACUCAACACGCAGCAGCUGUGUGCGCCAAUUGUGGCAGAAUACCGGGCUCAGGCUGUCUUUGUUCGGCUGCAGCUGUGACUGCGUUGACAGCAGCAGCAGCAGCCGCCCAGCUAACUAAGGCUGCUGCGGCUGCAGCUACAGCUACCACUACACCAGCGGCAGCAGCAGCUUCUAUGCUCGGGCACUAUCUUGGAGUAACUGGUGGUGAGGCCGCUCAUUUGCACCAGGCAGCGGCUGUUGCCGCAGCGGCUGCCAGCGCCGGAGGCGUUAAUACACCCGCCACGGCCACUUCGUCAUCCACAACGGCCGCUAAUGUCUAA